AUCUCCAAAUACCAAGUAAAGACUAGUCCAGGCCAAAAUUAGAGAGAUAUAGGCAACUUUAAAUGCCAAGAACUCACCCAAGUCUCCAAAAUCCAAGAGCGGUUCCGCACGAUAUCCAAAUUAGUAGUGAAGACCUGUACUAUGCUCUACAGAGUGCAAAAGUGUAGUAUAAGUACCAACAAGUGGCAAACAUUUUACGUUCUAUCCUAUCAUUUGUGUUUCCAGGGUGAAUUUAUUUGUCCAGACAUUGUUGCUAUUGUUCUCAAAGAGAAAAGUGCCUGAUAGACUUUUGAACAUAUUGGGGAUCAUGGUUUUCUGGACUUGGUUUCCGCUUCUUGUUCUCGCCUUGCCUAAUUGGACAGAGAGGGUGUUGUUUGUUCUUACAAGCUUUGCUGUGACUGGGAUUCAACAUGUUCAAUUCUGUCUGAAUCAUUUUGCUGCUGAUGUCUAUGUUGGACAGCCCAAGGGGAACGAUUGGUUUGAGAAACAAACAGCGGGGACUAUUGACAUUGAUUGUUCUCCUCUGAUGGAUUGGUUCUUUGGAGGAUUGCAGUUCCAGCUUGAGCAUCAUCUGUUUCCAAGGCUGCCUAGGUGCCAAUUGAGGAAAAUUUCUCCUAUUGUGCAGGAGCUGUGCAAAAAGCACAAUUUGCCCUACAAGAGUGUGUCCUUCUAUGAGGCCAAUAGGUGGACAAUAAGGACACUCAGGACCGCGGCAAUGCAGGCUAGGGGUCUGCUCUGGGAAGCUGUCAACACUCAUGGCUAAUAUAAUUUUUUUGCACGAUAUUGGAAAUUUUUGUAAGUUAUUGUUUGUUUUUAUUGCAAUUUGAUAAUGUUUAUUGUAUUGGUUGGAACAGAGAGGGAAUGGUUCUAAUUUCUCCGCUGCUUGCAAUACGAUUUGUAAUUUUGUUUCAGGAACAUACUUAAAACUGCUUCAGUGUAAAGUUACUACUAAAACUACCUGAAUCAAAUACUAUAUGCAUAUAUUAUCUGCAGCUGUA